AUUUACGUAUUCCGUUCAUGUUGGCAGAUUGCUCUUUUUUUUGGCUUGUAAUUGGUAAAUUAUAACUUCAUUGGCUCAAUAAAAUUUAUCAAUGGGGAAGAAGAAGAGAGAAGAGAAGAGGUUUGAAACUGAGCACAGCCCAUCAACUGUUUUCGUCUCCAAUCUGCCCUAUUCCUUUAACAACUCUCAGCUUGAAGAGACAUUCAGUGAUGUUGGUCCAAUCAGGCGUUGCUUUAUGGUUACAAAGAAGGGGUCAACUGAGCAUCGUGGCUUUGGUUUUGUUCAAUUUGCCAUUGCAGAAGAUGCAAACCGUGCUAUUGAACUAAAGAAUGGUUUAUCUGUUGGAGGCCGCAAAAUUGGAGUGAAACAUGCAAUGCAUCGUGCCCCACUGGAGCAACGUCGGUCUAAAGCAACCCAAGUUACUCCAUCAGAUGAUAAACUGGGAACAAAGAAUGACAAGGAUGGUAUUACCUCCAGUGCAGACAAGCAUGGUUCAAACUUGCGAGAACCAGGGAAACCUGUGCAGCCUAAAAAACCAGCAAAACUUUGUGGUGAUUUAGCUGAUAAAGAGAAUUGUUCAGAAAAGCAGAGGGUUGCAAGGACUGUUAUAUUUGGUGGUCUUUCCAAUACUGAGGUUGCAGAAGAUGUUCAUCGCCAGGCGAGGGAGGCUGGAACUGUAUGUUCUGUAACUUAUCCUCUUCCAAAAGAAGAGCUUGAACAACAUGGUCUUGCACAAGAUGGUUGCAAGUUGGAUGCUUCAGCUGUACUUUUUACAAGUGUCAAAGAAGCUCGUGCGUCUGUUGCAAUGUUACACAAAAAAGAGAUAAAGGGAAGCAUUAUUUGGGCACGCCAACUUGGUGGUGAGGGAUCCAAGACUCAAAAGUGGAAACUUAUUGUCAGAAAUCUUCCUUUCAAGGCUAAAGAGAAUGAGAUAAAAAAGGUGUUUUCAUCAGCAGGACUUGUCUGGGAUGUCUUUAUUCCACAUAACUCUGGAACAGGGUCAUCUAAAGGUUUUGCAUUUGUGAAAUUUACAAGUAAAAAUGAUGCAGAAAAUGCCAUUCAAAAAUUCAAUGGGCAAAUGUUUGGUAAAAGACCCAUAGCUGUUGAUUGGGCUGUUCCAAAGAAACUUUACAGUAGUGGUGCUAAUACUGCUAUUGCUUUAGAAGAUGAGCAACAUAAUGAAAGAGAAGAGCAUAGUGAUAGUAGUAGCAUUGAUUUGGAGGAAGAAGGUGCGAGUAGUGAUGGUGAUGGUGAUACUGUGCCUGAUGACUUUACUUCAGCAGGUGAAGAACCAACUGAUUUUGACUUUAAGGAGGAAGCAGAUAUCGCAAGAAAAGUUCUUAAUAACUUGGUCACUUCCUCUUCUAAAAGUUCUCUUUCUUCCCUUUCUGAUGAUUCCAUCCUUGCCAAGAGAGACGACAGGUUGAAUCUUGAUGGAACUGCCAUUAAUGUGACUGAUAAGUUGGCCAUUGAGUCUGCAACAGAAUCCGGUGCUCCUAUACCUGAAAAAACUAGCAAAAGCAAAAAAGUGAACUUUGAGAAGACAGAGGAAGAUGAUGAGUUGCAGAGAACAAUUUUCAUAAGCAACCUUCCUUUUGAUAUUGAUAACGAUGAAGUUAAAGAAAGAUUUUCUGGAUUUGGGGAAGUGAAAUCGUUUCUUCCAGUCCUCCAUCAAGUUACCAAGCGACCAAAGGGUACUGGGUUUCUCAGGUUUAAAACAACAGAUGCAGCUUCUGCAGCUGUUUCAGCUGCGACCGCUGCAUCUGGGUUGGGGAUUUUUCUCAAAGGUAGGCAACUGAAAGUGUUGAAAGCUUUGGAUAAGAAGGCAGCACAUGAUAAGGAGUUGGAGAAGACCAAAGCUGAGGAACAUGACCAUCGAAAUCUUUACUUGGCAAAAGAGGGUCUUAUUCUUGAGGGGACUCCAGCUGCUGAAGGUGUUUCCACAAGUGAUUUGGAAAAACGCAACAUGUAA